CUCCUCCUCACCCUUCAGUCAGCUGUCACGUGGUAUCCGCCGCAAGUAUGCGAGCUUCCAUCAUCAGAGACGACAUCGAGGAGAUGGGGGUGUGUUUUGUCCACGCCCUCCCGCCCCAUGACGCUUCAUCGACGGACUCUUCUUCGGAUCCACGCAUCACCGAGCUUCUCGACGCCUACGGCGACGUGUUCGAAGGCCCGCACGGAGUAGUACUGGAUCGGCCCAUCCGCCAUGAGAUCAUCCUCGAGGACGAGGCCGUACCUCCGCGCGGUUGCAUCUACCGAAUGAGCGAGGAAGAGUUAAGUGUGCUUCGGGCACAACUCGACGACCUUCUAGAGAAAGGCUGGAUUCGGCCUAGCUCAUCGCCAUACAGUGCGCCUGUUCUCUUCGUCCGGAAGAAGAACAAGGAUUUGCGGUUGUGCAUCGAUUAUCGCAAGCUCAACGCGCUGACGAUCAGAAACGACGGCCCUCUCCCACGCAUCGACAAUCGUCUCAAGCGACUGGGCGGCGCCAAGUUCUUCUCCAAGCUCGAUCUCAAGUCGGGAUAUCACCAACUCGAGAUUCAGCAAGAGGACCGCUACAAGACCGCGUUUAAGACGCGAUAUGGGCAUUUCGAAUGGCUGCCGGAGUUUGGAGGAGCAUGUGGAACACCUGUGCACCUUUUGGAGCGGCUACGACAAACCAAGUACAAAGCCAACCGCGAUAAGUGCAAAUUUGCGCGGCCGGAGCUGGAGUACUUGGGACAUUAUGUGACGCUGCAAGGCAUCCGUCCGCUUGCGAACAAGAUCGAGGCCCUACGAGUAUGGCCCGAGCCCACCAACACCACGGACGUUCGUUCAUUCAUGGGAUUGGCUCGCUACUAUCAGCGAUUCAUCACCAGAUACUCGAGGAUUGCUGCACCUAUGACGAGAUUACAAUCGCCAAAGGUGCCAUUCAUAUUCGAUGACGACGCACGCCGGACAUUCCAAGCACUUAAGACGGCUAUGCUCAUGGCAACCGUCCUUAGCAUCUAUGACCCCACGCUGCCUACGAGAGUGACGACUGACGCUUCCGGCUAUGGCAUUGGGGCAGUCUUGGAACAGCACGACGGCGACGACUGGCACCGUGUGGAGUAUUUCAACCACAAAGUGCCUCCCAUCAACUCGCUUGAUGAUGCAAGGAAGAAGGAGCUGCUCGCAUUCGUCAUGGCUCUCAAGCGAUUGCGGCACUUCCUCCUUGCGCGUCGUAGGUUCACAUGGGUCACAGACAACAAUCCAUUGACCUACUACAAGACGCAGGAUACGUUCGCCGACAUCUUCGCGUCACCUACCGGUGUAGUGCCGGAUCGGCCGAUCUCUCACGAGAUCAUUCUUGAGGCCGGUGUCGUGCCGCCGAAAGGAUGCAUCUAUCGGAUGAGCGAGGAGGAGCUUGAGGUCAUCCGCGCACAACUCGACGAUUUGUUGGCCAAGGGCUGGAUCCGCCCUAGCAGCUCCCCAUAUGGAGCACCAGUUCUCUUCGUCCGAAAGAAGAACAAGAAUCUACGAUUGUGUAUCGACUACCGCAAGCUCAACGGGCAAACCGUCAAGAAUGCGGGGCCUCUCCCUCGCAUCGACGAUCUUCUUGAGCGACUGGGCGGCGCAAAGUAUUUUUCUAAGUUGGAUUUGAAAUUGGGAUACCAUCAAAUCUCGAUCCGACCGAACGAUCGCUACAAGUCCGUGUUCAAGACGCGGUACGGGCAUUUUGAGUGGGUGGUCAUGCCUUUUGGUCUCGCCAACGCCCCGACGACCUUUCAAGCGGCAAUGACCAAUGAGUUUCGUGCAAUGUUGGACCGGUUCGUGCUGGUCUACUUAGACGAUAUUCUCGUCUAUAGCUGGUCAUUGGAGGAUAAUCUUGGGCAUCUUCGACGAGUGUUGAAGACACACUCCGCCGGCAUCAGUCCGCUAUCGGACAAGAUUCAAGCCAUCCAGGAGUGGCCGGAGCCUCAAAACGUCACGGAUGUCCGUUCAUUCCUUGGCCUCGCCGGCUACUAUCAGCGUUUUAUCAAAGGCUACUCGAAGAUCGCGGCCCACUUGACCAAGCUUCAAUGCAAGGAUCGGCCAUUUGACUUCGGAGAGGAUGCGCGGGAAUUGUUUUUGGUUCUCAAAGCCACACUAUUAUCUGCGGAGGUCUUGUGCAUAUACGACCCGCUUUUGCCUACGCGCGUCACUACGGAUGCGUCCGACUAUGGCAUUGGUGUCAUCCUCGAGCAACAUGAUGGUGUGGACUGGCACCCGGUCAAGUAUUUCAGCAAGAAAGUGCCCGUCGUGCAUUCCAUUGACAAUGCACGCAAGAAGGAGCUCCUCACCUUCGUCCACGUGCUCAAGCAGUGGCGGGACUUCCUCCUUGGUCGAAGCCAUUUCCGAUGGGUAACGGGCAACCAUCUGUUGGUCUUCUACAAGACCAAAGACACCGUCAACAGCACCAUCGCUCGAUGGAUGGCUUUCAUCGACCAGUUCGACUUCUUUCCCGAUCACAUCCCCGGGAAGUCGAACCGUUUUGCGGAUGCUCUUUCACGGCGUCCGGAUCAUUGUACCGCGGUCUACUCGACCUUCGAGAUCGACGAUGACCUGCGGAACAACUUCAUCCGCGCCUACCAAGCCGACCCCAAGUUUCGCGACAAGUAUGCGAAUUGCUCCUCUCCUAAUCCAGCGCCUUCUCACUACUGGAUCCAAGAGGGGUACUUGCUUGUCCACACGCGGGGGAAGGACCUUCUUUGCGUACCGAGUGAUCCUCACUUGCGUACACCGCUUCUUGGCGAGUUCCACGAUGCUCCCGCCACCAGAAACUUUGGAGUCAAUCGCAUGAUUGACCGACUUCGCGAGCGAUUUUGGUGGCCCGGCCUUCUCGGCGACGUCACACGCUAUUGCGAGUCAUGCGAGGUUUGCCGACACUGCAAAUCCCGCAACCAUCGUCCGUACGGCGAGUUACGACCAUUACCGGUCCCGUUGAGGCGCAGGGAAGUGAUUGCCAUGGACAUUACCGGCCCGUUCCCCAAGCACAAGACCAGAGUGGAUGGGAUUCUCACGGUGGUCGACCGACUCACCAAGUUCGCCAUGUUGUUGCCUUGUCGCUAUCAUGCCAAGGCACCGGAGUUGGUCGAGGUUCUCUACGCCGGUUGGAUUCGAACCAAGGGUUACCCCAAGGAAAUCGUCUGCGACAGCGACACUCGGUUCAUGUCCACUUUUUGGUUGGCGCUCAUCAAGCGAUGGGGCUCAUCUCUCAAGCCCAGUUCAGCUCGCCACCCUCAGACCGAUGGCCAAACGGAGAGGGCGCACCAGACCGCACAGGUUCUCCUUCGCACUGUCAUUCGUUCUGACCAGAAGGACUGGGUUGAGCGGUUGCCGGAUGUCGAGUUGGCCUACAACUCUUCCAUCCACCCGGCUAUCGGGAUAUCGCCUUUCGAGUUCGAGCACGGCUCGCUGGUCACUUCACCGUUGGACAGUAUUACUCCACGAACGGCCUAGAGCAACGACCAUCUUCUUUUCUUGCGUCGGAUGCAAGAGCUUCUUGUCAAGGCACGCGACCAGAUGGCUAAGACGGAGCAGCGCAUGAGC